CUGGUCUGUCCGUCAAAUGACGUUUCUCUUCAUUGUUAUUUUGGUUCGCGAAUCGCGUGUUUCAUCUCGUAAAGUGCGGCGAAUAUUUUUUCGAAUUUUCCAUGCAGAAAACAUUAAAAACGGCCGGAAAAUGUUAGUAACCGACGUGGGUGAUGUGAAAAUUUAUAAUCUGAGUGCCGGUAAGGCACUCCCAGAUUGGAUUACGGACAAAAAACGUCGUGAAGCACAGCGCAAAAAGGCUGACGUCAGUCGUCGGAUCGAGCUGAUCCAAGACUUCGAUAUGCCGAGUGUGGCCACUAGCAUCGAAAUUACACCGGACGGGCAGUACAUUUUGGCUACGGGGACAUACAAACCAAGGAUCAAGUGCUACGACGUGAAUAAUCUGUCGCUGAAGUUUGAGCGAUGUUUCGAUUCGGAAGUAGUGAAGUUCAAGAUUCUCAGCGAGGAUUAUGGCAAGGUAGUGUUUCUUCAGGCGGAUCGAUUCGUGGAGUUUCAUGCUGCCCAUGGAAGGCACUACCGGCUGCGCAUUUCAAGAUUUGGACGGGAUUUGGACUAUCAUAAACCGUCAUGCGAUUUGUUUCUUGUGGGAACGUCGUCGGAGAUUUAUCGCUUGAAUACAGAAAGAGGACAGUUUUUGCAACCUUACAGUACAUCGGCAAGCAGCAUCAAUGCGUGCGAAGUGAAUCCGGAGCAUCAUCUGCUUUGUGUUGGAACGCAAGAAGGUACUGUGGAAGCAUGGGAUCCGAGGGACAAAAAUCGCUGCGGCGUGUUGGACGUCGCUGUAAACAUACAGAACAACGAGAAAUUUCCUUCGGUUUCGGCAAUUAAAUCUAAAAAUGGAUUGCAGAUGGCAGUAGGUACUGAAUCUGGCCAUGUCCUUUUGUACGACAUUAGAGCGAAGGAACCAUUGUUGGUGAAAGAUCAUCUUAACCAGCUUGCUGUGCGCAAGAUCGACUUCAAUAGAGAGAAUAAUGCAGUCUACUCAUUGGACAAUGCCAUGCUCAAAAUUUGGGACGAGAACACCGGCAAGCAAAUAGCUUACAUUGAAUCCAACAGCAACUUCAAUGAUUUUACCACGUCUCCGAAGAGUGGUCUUUUAUUCUUCGCCCAGGAAGAGCCAAAAAUGAUGACUUACUACAUCCCCAGUUUGGGACCUGCCCCACGUUGGUGUUCAUUCCUUGACAAUCUUACGGAAGAAAUCGAAUCAGAGAGCGUACAAAAUAUAUACGACGAUUACAAAUUCAUCACCAAACAGGAAUUAGCCGAUCUAGGACUUGACCACCUGGAAGGAACCAGCAUGUUGCGGGCGUACAUGCACGGCUUCUUCAUCGAUAUCCGGCUCUACAACAAGGCCAAGACUAUUGCUGAUCCAUUUGCCUUCCAGCGAUACCGAAAGGAGAAGAUCGCCAAACAAAUAGAAGAAUCGCGACCGGCUCGCCUCCAGUUGAAAUCCAACCUGCCGAAGGUUAACGCCGAGUUGGCCGAGAAGCUGCUUACCGAGCAAGAAGUGGGAAGCAGCAAGCUGAAAUCUGCUGCUAGCAAUCUAUUGUCCGAUGAUCGAUUCAAGAACAUGUUUGAAAACCCAGACUUUGAGGUUGACAAAACAGCUGUUGAAUAUCGUUUGUUGAAUCCAGUGUUGACACGGCUGGACAAAUCUCGGGCACAAAAGGUAAAAGCACGAGAAGAUGCAGCGGCGGCCGCUGCGGAAAGGCGGGAAAACGAAGAGGAGGAAGGCAGUACGGACGAUGAUCUGUUCGACGAGAAGGAUGAGAGCUCCGACGAUGAUCAGACUUGGACAAAAGAGGUGAAAAAAGAGUUCAAGAAAAUCAAUCUGGAAAAGAAACGAGAACGACAAAUGGAACUGGAUCGAGAGGAUGAGGACGAUUACGUACCUUCUAUAGAGGUUCACGAAAAGGAAGAUUUCAACAUUGCAAGCGGCAACCGACGAAUCAGCAAAGCUGGAUUGGGUAAGCGGUUAGCUGCCAGCAAGCCAAUGGAAGUAAAAAUGCUGGGUGGACUGGGUAAUUGCCAGAUGACGUUUAGCACCGAGCGUAAGAAGAGUGGAUUCGACAAGAAACGGCUGGCAGAGUUGAAGAAGCACCGCGAAGAGCGUAAAAAGGUGAUACGGCCGACAACCAGCUUGAAGCGUUUGUCCAGAAAAUAGGAUUUUGGAUUUUGUAAGUAAUGAGUUGCAGCAAGGUUCAAUUGAAUCGUAGGGUAAGUUACGAUUAAUGUGUAAUAAAUAAAUUGUUAAUAAGAGAA